AUGUUGGCUGAAUAUAGCAACGAAUUCUCGCAGCAGCAACAGCGUGCCGCUGGCGAGGGUGGACAGUCGAGCAAUCAAGCUUCGGGCACUUCCGGCAGUUCCUCCACAUAUCGCCAUCACGAUGGCGCGGUUCUUUUUGGUUCUGCUAACGGAGAUUAUCGCUUUCGUCUGAAGCUGUUUCCGUCCGGUAAAGAUGAGGAUUGUCGAGGAUAUCUGUCCUUAUUCCUCCAAAUUAUUAAGUGCCCGUCAGCAAAACUGCGUUUUCGAGUGAAUUUUUACAUUGAGGCAGCCGAUGGACCGCGCGGAUGCGCCCUGAACAAAAAUAUCGUUACCAUCAAUCGUGGUGGAAUUGUCACUGCAUCAAAAUUCUUUUCCACCGAAACACUGAAGAGUCGAUUGGCAAAAUUUCUACCAGAAGAUAUUCUUACGGUUGGCGUCGACUUGACGGUUUUUGGUGAACAAAGUAGCACAGAGAUUGAGCCAGAUUUGGAUUUUUUAUGCGCCAACGGAGGUACGCCGGCAUCGGGAUCUGCCCUGGCAGGCCUCAACGGCAUCAACGAGGACCUGAAGUCACGCGUCGACGCCUAUUACUCCAUGGGACGUGAAUUAGGACAUUUGCUGGACACAGGUGACUUUUCGGAUUUCACGCUUAAUGUUGGCCGCCGUGCGUUCAAAUGUCAUCGUUCGAUUCUCUCAGCCCGUUCCGCUUUCUUUCAGGGCAUGUUUCGUGAUCAGAACAAUCAGGAAUGCACUAGCGGCGAAGACAGCUGUCCAGAACAGUCGAGAAAAUCGCUUGAAAUACUGGCUGCUGCCGAUCGUUUUUGCUUGGAUCGCCUGAAGAAUUUAUGCGAAAAUGCGCUAAUGCGAGAUCUGUCGCCAACCAAUGUCUGUGAGCGCCUUCGUGCAGCCGAUCUCUACAAUGCAUCGCUGCUAAAAUGGAAAAUCCUGAAUUUGCUGCAGAAACACCGCAACUACAUUGUCGAUAACGCGUGCCCGUAUUUGGCUGCUACAGUUACGCGUCAAGUUUUAUCCGCUGAAGCCAAUGGUAGUAUGCUGUCGAGCGGCACCAAUUCGAUUCCAAGCCAGCACGAUCCGGUGCCAAGCAAAAGAUCACGAAUGUCAUGA